CCCUGCUCUGUAUAUCAGAAAGCCUCGUGAGAGGUGGUGUUUCAACGAUAUCUGUGUGGAAUGCCUUGUUCCAGCUCUCCUUUAUCUCAAUAAGACACCUGUCUCUGAAGGUCUUUGAAUACUCGUGUUUCUCCUCCGAUGUUUCUCGCUUCUCUAAAUAGGGUGCUGAUAGAACCUCUUUUCCUGUUUCGUAUCUCAUACAUAUCCUUUCCUUUUAUUUGAGAACGAGUCCUAGAAGUCAAGUACAGAAGCAACCGCCGAAGGCGCCCAUCACUUGAUGUAAUUUCUUUAUUCUCUUCGAGCAUCAGAGUUGUCUUUCUAUCUACAAUAUGGCCGCUUCAACCACUCCUCCCUAUGCCCAGGCAGUGAUCAUUCCAUCACUGUCCAUCCUCUCCAUCCUACUUUCUAUCCCUCCGAUGAUUCUGCAUUCAAAGAACAGAAACCUCCCUGCUAUCUCCCUCAUAUGCUGGUUCCUGUGUCUCAACUUGUUCAACAUUAUCAACGCUUUUAUUUGGCCCAAUGAUAAUAUGGAUAGCUGGUGGAGUGGCGUUGGUCUUUGUGACGUGGAAGUCAAGGUGAUGAUUGCCAGUUACGUUGCGGUACCUGGAAAUUUGCUCUGCAUCUUCCGUAGUCUAGCCAUAGUGAUGGAUACUAGACGUGCAAUGCUUGUCCCAAGUAAGCAACAGCGACGGUGGAAUUUUGGCAUGAAUAUAUUAUUUUGUGUGGUCGUGCCGGUUCUGGCAAUGACUACCAAUAUAGUCUACCAGGCGAACCGGUACAUUCUGGUCAGUAUCUCGGGCUGCGUCAAUAGCUUUGAUGAAAGUUGGAUGAGCCUCAUGCUGGCAUGGAUCUGGCCUCUGGUCAUCUGUCUCAUAGCUGGCUAUUAUUGCAGCCUCGUGCUCUACCGUCUUUAUAGGUACCGAAACCAGUUCGGUGACAUCCUGCAGUCGUCAAACAGCAACAUGAACAAGUCUAGAUUCAUGCGGCUUUUCAUCCUUUCCUUCAUUAUGCUCCUGGCAAUUAUACCGGUUCAGGGCUUCGUUGUCUACAAGAACAUAAAUCUUUCGCUGCCGUGGCAUUCUUACUCCUGGAAUAUGGCUCACGGACCCUAUUGGAACAAUAUCCUGAAAAUGCCUUCUCGUGGUGAAUCCUUUUACGAUCGCUGGUUUCCAGUUGCUUCAGGCCCGUUAUGUUUCAUCUUCUUCGGGUGUGGUCGAGAUGCUUUCAGGAUAUAUCGAUCUUUCCUCCGCUCUUUACGUCUGGAUCAUUGCUUUGCCAGCACACACGACUCCUCGUCCGAUGCCUCCCAUUCAACUACGCCAGGUCUUAUGAGCAGCCGAGUCAGGCUACUAUGUCAUAAAUCAUGGAAUUCUACGGUAGUAACCCAUGUAGGGAACCCUGCCACUAUGAGUGGUACCAAUCGGAGCUCUGAUGUGGAGAAGGGCGCCGUAUCAUCGCCAGAACCCCAACGUGAGCAAGAUGGUUCGUGGCUCAAACAUCCCUGGUCUCUUCUGAGUCGCUCGCAUAACCGCUCGUCCACCUCUAGUCGCGAGAGAAUUUUGCCCGUUCCAAAUCUCUCUUCUCCGUCCAAUACGGUUUCCACUAGUGCGUGGGCGGGCUCCAGCCAAAGUCGGGAAAGCAACGAUUUUACUAAUAUCUCUGGAAGGGAGGAUUUUAUCCGAGUGAAACGGGACAUCAGCCAGGAGAGCGAAACGCAAAGCUGAGGUUGUACAGUAUGGUUGAGACAAGUCGUUUACCUAACCGGCCAAUAAAAGCGAAGAUCACCUGCACCUCAGGGAUCUCAAGGCUUCUGUGGUCAGUUGCCUCAUCAAGAAUAUCUCUCACAUUUGUGUAUCUAUUCUGUCUUGGGCACUCGUUGUUUUUU